GCAAAUUGGACAGUAAUGGAGUAUAUGAGCACGGGUAGUGAUAGCAAAGAGGAGAUUGACUUGUUUCUAGCUGAUCUAAAUAUGUCUGAGGUGAUAGCCAUCAUGGAAAACCAUUAUCCAGGUGAAGACAUUGCAGUCUAUGAAGACAGUUUAAUUACCAUGUGUGAAGAGGCAAAUCAAAAUGAUGAACGUGCAGAAUCAUUGCUGUUUUGUGAAGGGGAGGUCUCUUUGAUGUCCUCUGUCAAAUACGGGACUGUGGAAGACCUGCUUGCUUUUGCCAAUCAGGUGUCUAACACUGCAAAGCAAUUUAAAGGAUGCAGACAACAGGAAUCUGGAAUCCUCUUGAAUAUGAUCACACCCAAGAACGGGCGCUAUCAAAUUGACUCGGAUGUGCUCCUGUUUCCAUGGAAGUUGACUUACAGGAAUAUUGGUUCUGAUUUUAUUCCUCGGGGAGCUUUUGGGAAAGUGUACUUAGCCCAAGACAGAGAGACCAAGAAACGAAUGGCAUGCAAAUUGGUCCCAGUGGAGCAGUUCAAACCAUCAGAUGUUGAAAUACAGGCAUGUUUCCGUCAUGAAAACAUUGCUGAAUUAUACGGUGCUAUUUUGUGGGAUGAGACAAUCCAUCUCUUCAUGGAAGCUGGAGAGGGAGGAUCUGUCAUGGAAAAGCUGGAGAGCUGUGGGCCUAUGAGAGAGUUUGAAAUAAUUUGGGUGACAAAGCAUAUUCUGAAAGGACUUGACUUUCUCCACUCAAAGAGGAUUAUCCACCAUGAUAUCAAACCGAGCAACAUUGUCUUUAUGUCAACUAAGGCUGUUUUGGUGGAUUUUGGCCUAAGUGUUCAAAUGACUGAAGACAUUUACUAUCCCAAAGAUCUUAGAGGAACAGAGAUUUACAUGAGCCCUGAAGUUAUCCUUUGCAGAGGCCACACAACAAAAGCAGACAUCUACAGCAUGGGAGCUACUAUUAUUCAUAUGCAAACGGGCAUCCCACCCUGGGUGAACAGAUACCCUCGUUCUGCAUACCCCUCCUACCUCUACAUUAUACACAAGCAAGCUCCCCCUUUGGAGGAUAUUGCUGAGGACUGCAGCACUUCCAUGAGGGAGUUGCUGGAAGCAGCUCUGGACAGGAACCCUAACCACAGGCUGUCUGCAGCUGACCUGCUGAAGCACGAGGCCUUGCACCCACCGCCGGAGGAGCAGCCACGGUGCCAGAGCCUGGACUCGGCGCUCUUUGAAAGGAAAAGGCUUCUUGCCAGGAAGGAUCUGCAGCUGCCAGAAAAUAUCACAGAUUCCUCAUUGUGUAAUGGGAGCAUGGAAGAGUCAGACCUGCUAAAGAGACAAAGAUCUCUCUACAUAGACCUUGGAGCUCUAGCUGGUUACUUCAAUAUUGUUAGGGGACCACCAGCCUUAGAAUAUGACUGA